GUCCAAAUCCAAUGCGCACUAUACCCUAUAAUCCGAUGGCUCUGUUGAGUGUGGAACGAAGUCUGGCUGUGCCGUCCUUCGUUUGGGCGCCAGAUACUCGCCCAUACGGCGGGUGGGGGGCGGGCUCGCUGGCGCGCGGCCACGGGCGGAGUGCCUGGCCAUGGAAAUUUGCCUCAACGAGCCCCUGCUGCACCUACCGCCCACAUCCGGCAGGCGAGGGGCGGCUGUGUUUACGGACCCGCUACCACUCCUCGGUGCAUUUUAAACGGGGCCCGAGCAGAGUGACGGAUGGCGUACCUUGUCGCAUGGGGGGCUCCACCAUGAGCCCGAUUCGUUGA